AUGUUGGACACUUUUCGUUGCUCCCAGGUAAGAUCACUGUUUCUUUUUUUUUCUUCAUUUGCAUACUAUCACCGAUGUUUCUCUUUCCCUCCUUUUCUUGCCCAGCUAUUUCUUUCUUUUUUCUAUUAUAUAUGCUACCAUUUCUUCGUUUUCUCCUGCGACUUUUUCUUUCAUUCUUUUUCUUUGGUUAGUUAUUUCUCUCUUUUCCUCCGCUUUUUUCUUGUUUUUUUCUUUCUUUUCGUCUACGAUCUAUUUUUUCUUUUCGUUAUUCUGCUAUUUCAUUUUUUUGUUCGCUUCUUUCUUGCUCUGAUGUUUUUUUCUUUUCCAUCUUUUCUUUUUUUUCUUCUGAUGUUUCUCAUCAUUUCUUUCUUUUUCUUCUUUUUUCUUAUUAUGAUAUUUUCUUUUCUUCAUUUUCUUCUACUACAUCUUUUUCUUCUUUCUUUUCCCGAUGUUCUUUUUUUCUACUUUACUUAUUUUUUUUAUCCUACUAUUUGUUCUGAUGUUUCUACUUUCUCUUUUCUUUUUUCUUUUACUUGUUCAUUUAUUUUUCCUUUUGUCUUUUGUUCUUUUAUUUAUUUCUUUUCUCACAUUUCUUAUGUUAUUUCUCUUUUCCUCCACCUUUUCUUGUUCUAA